CUGUGAAUUGAAAGUGAAUAGUAGUUAGGGAGUUUGUGAAUUUUGAUCAAUUAUGUGUUAUUUGGUGAAAUCUGUUUUAAUAGUGUUAUAGAACCCCACGUGGUCUAAAAGUUGAUUGCUUGAGAUGAUGAAUGUUCAUGGAUGUUCAGAGGAGGGAGUUGAUUUUUCUGAUUUCACUUGUUUUUGCCUUUGUUUGAAUCUUUUGCGUAGGUAUAUCAAUUCUCUACAUUAGAUGUAAACUACUGAUUGUCUGUAAUUUCUUGAGGUAUUCAACACUAGCUGCACUUUGAUCUCUGAAAAGAAAAACAAAGGCAAUAGUUCCUAUUACCUCUACACUGCUUGGAUACUUGCAACAAUCCCUCCAUAACAAAGUUACUGCUGAUGAGGUUCUUUAUGGGUGGGGCAUGAUUGGAGCCCAACCACACUCGGAAAGCGCAGGGUUUUAAAUUUUAAUCAUGGUGAAUACACCAGGGACAAAACAACUGUAGAAAAUGCAACUGGCGUUGUAUCAUUUUUGUCCCAAAAGAACAUAGACGUCAAGAGUUUGUCCAAGCCCAAGGAAGAAAGCAAACUAAGAGAAAUCAAAUGCAAAAAAUAAGUCUUCUUUCUUUCAAGUACUCCAAACUAUUCAUAAGACGUCCUCUCAGUGUUUUUCAUCUUAUAUUUGAUUCCACACAAAGAGAUCACCUGGUUCACAUACUCACAUGCCAGUGAUGCAACACAUUUCUUGGGGAAAAGCAUAUUUUAAUCUGGACAUCUGUAUGCACUUUCAUUUAUGCAUUGUAACAGGAAAGAAUUGAUGGCUGCUUUCAUGCAAGAUUGGUACUGCUUGAUGAUCCUCAACAAGAUCCCGCCGCGAAGAACAAAAUAGAGUUGCAACUCAAUCUUUGAAUAUUGCUAUUGCAAACAAGUUUUUUCCCUCUACUGGAGAUGGAUGAGGCAUGUAUGCGGCGCUAUCGAGACAUCUCGAUUACGAGCUACGGAUUCAUUACGGUGAUGCUUAUUAUCAUCCCAUUCUUCUGGCCGAAACCGACUUGGUGGACCACACCAAAUUGAGAGAGCAGUUCCAAAGCACCCAGCCCCAAAACAAGCGUCUUUCUUCUCUCCUCUCGUUCGCACGUUUCACCGGUGUUCCACUGUGGAACAACCGCACCUAUCGGAUCCCCAAUUUCAAAUCAAUUCCACUUGCUCAGCCCAAAGAUGAUGAUUUAGAAGACAUAACACCACACUGGGAGAAGGUGUACCACUUGAGCAAGUGGUUGGAGGAUGGAACAGUGCUCGGUACGAUGGCGAUCAAAUCGGAUUAUACCGAGAGCCUCCGUGACCAAACCGUUUACAAGGGAACGGGGGAGUUGGAGACAUCGACCCAUUCGGUUGUCAUCUUAGGACUGAGAGCCCUCGACCCACAUCAAGCGGCUAGGUAUGGAUGCGAGCCUGGGACUUACGUAAUCUACCAAGAUAUGGCGGCGGGCCCAAACUAUGAGGGGUUUUUUGGUACGGGAAGGAACAUGGCGCCACUGGGUAUAUUCUUAAAGAUAUAUCAAGUGAAGGUGUCCAUUCCCAACGAGCUCCGUGGCCGUGCAUAGUUCGUUGCCCUGGCAGGUGUUGACAUGGAAGGAGCUGAUGAGAGAGUUCGAUGCAAUUUCUUCUUUCUUUUUUUUGAAAUUAUGGGCAAUCUUUUGUAUUGUGAUUGUACAAGGAGGAAUGCCCCGAUCGGUUUUUGUACUUAAACAAUGCUCUUCUCAAUCACUAAAUCUAUAUAUCUUAGAUUCAUGUGUUGUGCUUGAAUGAAUUGCGUAUUUUAUU